UUGGAUUAGUUUGACCCCUUCAGCAAUGUCAGAAAACUUAGCCACCAAGAUUAUUUUUUUAUAAUUCUUAUUUUUGUUUAUUUUUCAUAUUUUUGAGAUGAUUGAUUUGCCUAUAAAAAAUGGAGUUCUCAUUUGAUCAAAGAAAGCAAAAGUGCCAAAAAAAAAACAAAGAAAGAAAUUGUUGUCAGAUUCAUCGGAGUAUCUAAGUGUGAUCCCUUUUAAGGAAAAAGCGUGAUUUAGAUUCAUCUGAUCAGUUUGUUGUCAGAAAUUUGUUGACAGAUUCUAGUGUCUGUCUUAAUCAACUGUUGCAGAACAAUGUCAAUGAACAUGUUAUUGCUGUCCACUAACCGGAAUGCCCCAGUUUUCAGUAAGUUUCCCCAUGUCGAUCCGAAAGCGCGGCCUCGAUCUGAUAAUCACAAGGUUUCGCUGAAGUUUCGAACCAGCAGAACUUCCAGGCUGUUGUGUUCAUCUGUUCCGAAGAUUGUAGCUGAUGGAAGGAGCUGGAACGGGAACCGAAAACUGAACACGACUAGGCUGCUUGACGAUCCGAGACUACAGAGCAGUAGCGACUUCGACCAGGGCCAAGCUUCCAGCACAAACACGGGCCAGCCUGCUGAGGGAGGAGAGUAUGAGGUGUUCCUCAGUUUCAGGGGCCCUGCCCGGAAGGGCUUCGUGGACUGCCUUUACCGCAACCUAAUUGAUGCAGGAAUUCGGACGUUCCGGGACCGGGAGGAAGUCCAUGAGGGGGAGAACAUCGGGGGGAAGCUGAUUCGGGCCAUCAACUGCUCGAAAAUCUGUAUCCCGAUACUAUCCAAGGACUAUGCAGAGAGUGCAUGGUGCCUCCGGGAGCUCGCUCAGAUGGUGGAGUGCAGCAGAUCGACCCGACUAGAGAUCCUUCCUAUCUUCUAUGACGUGGAGCCGGCGGAGGUCAAGCUCUAUAAGGGAUCAUAUGCAGAGGCGCUGAGGCAGCACGGAGUACGGUUCGACCGAAAGAUCCUGGAGCAGUGGGAGGACGCCCUGAAGCAGGUCGCGAGGAUCAAGGGAUGGGAGUUAGAGAAGGCCACCAACGGACAUGAAGGGGAACUUAUCGAGUUGGUAGUCCGCAAGGUAUUGGUCAGCCUGAAGGCGCAUCACCUUAAUGUGACUGACCAGUUAGUUGCGAUUGAUGAUGCCGUGGCCAAGAUCAUGAGGAUGCUGAAUGUAGGUUCCGACGAUGUGAGGAUUGUCGGGAUAUAUGGGAUGGGCGGGAUAGGCAAGACCACGCUUGCCAAGGUUGUCUUCAACCAGCUAUCGGAGGGGUUCGAGUACUGUAGCUUCCUCAAGGAUGUCCGUGAAACCUCCCAGAAUAGGGGCCUCGAGUUCUUACAGAACCAACUGAUCUCAGACAUCCUCAAGAACAAGAGCCCUGAGAUUACCAAUGUCGAUGAAGGGAUCAACAUGAUCAAAGAGAGGUUCUCCAAGAAGCAAGUUCUCAUCCUUCUUGAUGAUGUUGAUAAGAGAGCUCAGCUCGAUGCCCUUGUAGGGAAGCGGAGUUGGUUUGGUCCUGGAAGCAGGAUCAUCGUGACGACCCGGAACAAGGAUGUCCUCAACGUUCCCGAGGUGGACUGGGCUUAUGAACUCACUUGGAUGGAUCCUGACCAGUCUCUUCAGCUUUUCAGCAGGCACUCCUUCAGGAGAGAAUACCCCCCGGAUGACUACGUGGAUUACUCCAAGAAGGUUGUGGACAUCACCGGAGGUCUUCCCUUAGCCCUCGAGAACAUAGGCUCAUUCUUAUCAGGGAAGAGCAAUGAAGUGUGGGACAGCACGUUGAAGAAGCUCAAGCAAGUGCCUCGCGAGGAGGUUGAGAAGAAGCUGAUGAUAAGCUACGAGGCUCUGGAUCACUGGCAGAAGCAGAUUUUCCUUGAUAUAGCUUGUCUCUUCAUUGGGUAUGACAAGAGAAUCGUGGUUCACAUGUGGGAUGACACGGACUUUUUCCCAGAGGAAGGCAUCGAGGUCCUCAUGCUGAUGUCAAUGAUAAAGAUCGGAGAUGACAAUAAGUUGUGGAUGCAUGAUCAACUCAGAGACCUCGGCAGGCAAAUAGUCCGUCAGGAGAAUAUCAUGGAACCCGGAAAGCGGAGUAGGCUGUGGAAUCAUGAGGAAUCUCUGGCCAUGCUGAUACGGAAGAAGGGUUCCGAAAUGGUUGAAGCUCUGUGUCUCAAGUUCGACAGCAGAUCUCAGUACUACUUCACUAGGGAAGAAUUCGCGAGUCUCUCAAACUUGAGGUUUUUACAGACGAAUGGUGUAAACUUAGCAGGAAAUUUCGAAGGCCUUUUAUCGCAGCUCAGGUGGCUGUGUUGGCACCAUUGCCCGUCAAAUUUCCUCCCGACCAAUUUUUACCUGAGGAGUCUGGUCAUUCUGGACCUGUCGUGGAGCAAGAUCUCCGAAGAUUGGGAGGGUUGGUACGACAUGAAGACUGCAACGAAUUUGAAAGUUUUGAACCUCACAGGGUGCACCAACUUAUUCCGGAAUCCCGACUUCUCAGCAUACAUGGCUCUGGAGAGGUUAAUCCUUGAGGGAUGCAAGAGUCUGGUGGCAAUAGAUGGAUCGAUCGGGAGUCUUAAGCACCUCGUGUCCCUCAACAUAAAGGAAUGCAGUUCUAUCCAGGAGUUGCCCGAGAAACUUGGCUCCAGUGAAGCCCUGAGAGAGCUCCUCGUUGAUGGGACUUCAAUACGGGAAAUCUCGAUUUCACCAGGAUGCCUGAAGAAGCUUGAAAUUCUAAGCGCCUGCGACUGCAAGUCCCUCAUCCAAAUCCACAGAUCAAUAAGCCACCUCGAGUCCUUAUCAGACCUUGCAUUGGAUAACGCUAAAAUAAGGCACCUCCCUGAGUCGAUCGGGAUGCUUGGGAAACUCGAGAGGUUAUCUCUAAGGGGCUGCCGGUCUUUAAGCAAGCUCCCAGACACGAUCGGGGAUUUGGAGUCCUUAAUUGAGCUCGACCUCUCGAGCACAGGAAUCACAGAAUUGCCUGACUCAAUCAAGAACCUGAAGAACUUGAAGGUGCUGACGGUGGAGGGUAGUUACAUUGAACAGAUUCCCGGGAGCAUCGGGAUGCUUGAGAAUCUCGAGGAGUUUCACGCCAAAGGGUGUAGCUUGGAGGGGGAAAUCCCAACCGAUAUCGGAAACCUCCUGUACUUGAGGAUCUUAAGCUUAUCAGAUAACCGGAUCCGUAGUCUGCCAAAGACCAUCUCGGGCCUUUCUCACCUCCAACACCUUGAUCUUGAGCUCUGCAAGGAGCUCCGAGUCCUCCCCAAGCUACCUGAUAGCUUGGUCAGCCUCCGGGUCAGUUCCCAGUCGAUGGAGGCGAUUCCUGAUCUCUCGAAUCUGAUCAACCUCAAGCAUCUGUACCUAUCCGAUGGGUCCCAUCUCCAGGGCUUCCCCACCAAUGACCCUUCCAUGCUUGUUCAGGAUCCCAGCCCUUGGUGGAUUGGGGCAUUAUCGAGGCUCGAGACUCUACAGCUCUCGCUAUCGAAAAUUACUGCUUUGCCAUCUGAUCUAAGCGAGCUCUCUCGGCUCAGGAAACUCGUCCUCUCCUGUGUAGACCUUAAGUGCCUCCUUCAGCUCCCCUCGAGUUUAUCAACUCUCUACAUUGGUAACUGCAAAUCCAUGACCACGCUCUCGAACCUCUCUAACCUUAAGAACCUAACGGAACUCGAGCUCCUCCACUCUGCAAUCUCAGAGGUCGAGGGCCUGGAAGGCUUGGAAUCUUUACAAGUCUUUGAUGCAAUCUACUGCAAGCUAAGGAAGCUCGACGGGCUAGAGAAGUUAGAGUCCUUGAGGAGAUUGAUCCUCCGGAACUGCGAGUUCCUUGAGCAGUUACCGAACCUCUCAAACCUGAGGAAACUGAAGGAGUUCAAGCUCCGGGACUGCGAGUUGCUUCGGGAGAUUCAGGGGUUGGACAGGUUGGAAUCCCUGGAAGAGCUGCAGAUUUCCAAAUGCAGGUUCCUCGAGAAACUGCCUGAUCUCUCGGAACUGAAAAUGCUGAGAAGUUUGGAGAUCGAGAAUUGCGACAAGAUAUGCGAGAUCCAAGGGCUCGACAUGUUGGAAUCACUUGAAGAGCUGCAGAUUUCCGAGUGCAGGUCAUUGGAGAAGAUCCCGGACCUCUCAGGCCUGAAGAAGUUGAAGGUUCUAAAGAUCGAAAGCUGUGAGCAGAUCAGUGAUAUCCCAGGGUUCGCUGAGCUGGAGUCAUUGGAAAAUCUGAAGAUCAUCCAGUGCAAGUCCAUGGAGAAGCUGCCUGAUCUUUCCAACUUCAGGAGGCUGAAAUCGCUGGACAUUGAAGACUGCGAGAAGAUACGCGAGAUUGUCGGUCUUGGGAUUCUGAGAUCGAUUAAGGGCGAUAAAUGCUUCUAACUUGAGAAGCCAAACGAGCACAAAUAACGCAAAGACAAAGUUGUUCUGCACAAAAUUUUCAAGUUCUUACAUUUUUAUACCGUCAAACUUUGUUUAUUUUUCCGUUUGUUCAUUCAAUUGAUCUCUUUUGUAAAGCACUGUACAGCUCAGUAAUAUGAUACUGAAGAUACGGCGAAUUGCCAAUACUCUUUCUAUCUA